GCCUCACCAAUUAUACAGCAUCUUUAGAACCAUUUUCUUUUGAGUUCUCGUGCUCUUUCAGAUCAGUUUCAAAAGGGAAUCCACAGGGGUUUGAUUUGAGGGUCAGCUUCCUACAGUUUCUAGAACACAGCUAGCUAGCUAGGCCACCUUUUCUUUUAUUUAUUAAAUAAUUUGGUUUAUUUUAUUAAGUUAUCUUGGAUAGCCAUGAUCUUUUUGAUCUCUCACACUAUAAAAUCCGUAGAUUAGAAGCCAGCAAGACCAAGACCAAGACUGGUGUAUAAUUUCCUCUCUCUAGUCACUCACUCAUUCACCUUAUUUCCUCAACAGCUCUCUUCAUGCAUUUCCUUUCGUGUAUUCAUUUGGAACAAAUUAACCAACAAGUAUAUUCAAACCCAUCUCUUGCUUUUCUCUAGUAAUUAGCUAGCUCUUGGAACCUCAAGCUUACACCUUCAAGCCUUCCUCAUUUUGAUUUGUUUAAGCUUGUCCAAGGGCAAUAACAAUUGAUCACUCUUUCUAGCUAGCUAGGGCUUUUGGAAGAAACUGAAAAUGGGAGUUCAAGGCACUUUGGAGUACUUGUCAAAUCUACUAAGCAGUGCCAGAAGAGGCAAGAAGAAGAGGAAGCAAAUUCAAACUGUAGCCGUCAAGAUCAGGAUGGACUGUGAGGGUUGUGCCCGCAAGGUCAAGAAGGUCCUCUCCGGCGUAAAAGGGGCAAAAUCUGUAGACAUCGACUUGAAGCAGCAGAAGGCAACGGUGACUGGAUAUAACGUAGAGGCAAAGAAGGUGUUGAAGGCAGCUCAGUCGACUAAGAAGAAGUGUGAGUUGUGGCCUUAUGUUCCAUACACUCUGGUGGCCCAUCCAUAUGUUUCUGGAGCCUAUGACAAGAAGGCACCUCCUAAUAUGGUUAGGAAAGUUCCCGACACUGCAACCAUCAGUGACACUGCUGUGGACGAGAGCUACACUAUCAUGUUCAGCGAUGACAACCCAAAUGCCUGCUCUAUCAUGUAGUAGAUUUUUAUUUUUGUUAUAUAUAUAGUGGAAUUAAUUAAUGAAUUAGUGUGGUAUGCGGGGUUGAUAUAUACAUGGCUUUUGUUCAUGGAGUUUGAUCAUGCAAGAUCUGUGAAUCUGGUCCUUUAAUUAUGUUGAUUCUUGUCUAGAUUUUUGACCCGGGUUCACAGUUGUGUAUAUUUUACAGUUGUGCAACAUAAAUAUACGAAAAGGAACACGUCACAUGUUGUUUA